AUGGCGGCGCCGGCGGCGCCGCGCUGCUCCGGCACCCGCUUCCACCACGUCCACGGCGCCAACGUGCGCAUGGACCCGACGCGCACKCAGGCCACGCGCGUGGAGAGCUUCGCCCACGGGCUCUGCUUCAGCCGCGAGCCCCUGGCGCCCGGGCAGAUCUUCCUGGUGGAGAUCGAGGAGAAGGAGCGGGGCUGGUGCGGCCACCUGCGCGUGGGGCUCACGGCGCACGACCCGCAGAGCCUGCGCGCGGUGCCCGAGUACUCRCUGCCCGACCUGGCCAGCCUGGGCGACACGUGGGUGUUCGCCAUCACGCGCAGCCACAACCGCGUGGCGCCGGGCGCGGAGCCGCGCGCGCCGGGGACGCUGCCCGAGCCCUUCCUGCGCAUCGAGCGCCUGCGCAUCCCGCGCGACCCGCUCGUGGGGCGCAGCCGCCCCGGCCGCUACAGCCACCUGCUCGACAGCCUCUACCAGCUGAACGUGCUGCCCGCCACGGCGCGCCGCAGCCGCAUCGGCGUCCUGUACGCGCCGCAGCCCGACGGCACCGCCGACAUGCACAUCGUCAUCAACGGCGAGGACAUGGGCGCCAGCGCGCGCGGCCUCCCCGCCGCCCGCCCGCUCUACGCCGUCGUCGACGUCUUCGCCUCCACCAAGAGCGUCCGCCUCAUCCAGGUGGACUACGGCCUGCCCUCGCUGCAGACGCUCUGCCGCCUCGUCAUCCAGAAGCACGUCGUGCACCGCCUGGCCAUCGGCGGCCUGGCCCUGCCGCCGGCGCUGAGGACCUUCUGCAUGGAGUGA